UUAUGAGUUGGAAGGCGUAGUUCUAAAAUGAGGGCGUCUUUGUUCUCCCACGAACUUCAUUGACGAAGGCGAAAAGAGAAGAAUCAGCUCCAUUUCUCUCGUUUGGGAGGAGGAGGAGGCGCGCGCCGGUGCCCGACCGUCGACCAGCCGCUACGACGCGGCACCAGGAUAGGUGCUCCUGAGCUACGAACCCACACCCCACGGCCAAACUGUUGCGUGCGCCCCGGCCUUAGCAUGAGGUGGCCGCUGGCGAUCUCGACUCGCCGCCGCCCCCUCCUUUUCGUCCUUCUCAUCGCCCUCUACACGAUUCCUAGGACAUUUUCAUCGAGGCUUGUCACACUCGAUACUGUUGAGAUAUUUACUACUCAUGAAUGGUUUGCCAAGCCAACAGUGGCUUUCCGGUGCAAUGGAGCAAACAAAACAUAUCUGCCAGAUGUAACGGAGGCGCACACGCCAUAUACCUUUAAGGGUGAAGAAUCAUGGCAGCCCUUAACAGAGCUUCCAGAAAAGAAAUGCAAGCGAUGUGGUUUGUAUGAGGAGGGCACAUUUAAGCCUGAUGCUGUCUUUGAUGAAUGGGAGAUGUGUUCGAGUGAUUUCAAGGGCGGAAAAUACACCCGCUUUAAGGAAGGCCAGUUCAAUGCAACAUUCCUAUGCCCAAACUGCACUGCCUCUACUGGACAUGGAAACCCUAGACCAAGCGAAGAUUUGGAAACUAAGAAGACAUCUAUUGCUGUCAUCAUAAUAGCUAGUGUUCUCGCUUCAGUCCUUGUCGUCACUGCCUUGUUCGGGGGCUUCAAGUAUUGGCAGAAGAAGAAGAGGGAGCGAGACCAGGUGCGGUUCCUCAAGCUCUUUGAAGAGGGAGAUGACCUUGAAGAUGAGCUGGGCCUUAGUAAUGAAUUCUAAAAUAGUGCGUACAGUCUUACUUCCGAUGUUUUCAGAUGUAGUUUCCACGUAUGAUGUAUAGAAUGUGUGUUUUUGGUGACCUCCUAGUAGCUUUUGCAGAGGGAGUGAAUCUUGCAACAGUUUGCACAAGCCCCGUAACGUACAUAUAUAAAAGUGCAAAAAUGAAUGGAUUCACGUAUAGCCUUCAAUUCUUCA